GAAGAUUUCAUUCGCCAAGUCGAAAACAAUCUCGAAAAAUAGAAGAAGUUCAAGCUGUACGAACUAGUGCUGUAGCUGGGAGCAUUUCAUUCGGUAUUCCGACGGGGUGUAAAGUUUCUCUCUCACAUCCACGGUCAGAGCAGUAGAUCUUCAGGAGCACCGAACAAAUGGCCUCCACUAAUCCUGCUUCGCGCGGCCAGCAGACCCCGUACGGGGCGGCCAAUCUGGGUCACACGCGGACUGCGCCGGGCUUCGUGCAGGAAUCCGUUCGCGAGAAGAGCGUGAAGUUCGCGGUUCCCGAGCACGAGGGAAUGACGAAGUGGUUGCGGCAGAUGUUCGUGAAGCUCGUUUUCUACACGGUGAUCGGCGACAUCUUGAUCUGCGCUGCGUUGGCCCUGUUUUACGCCGGAGACGGCGGGGGCGGCCCCAGCUGCCCGCAGACGAACAUGAUGGUUGCCUGGUUGGUCACGGGCGUCAUUGGGUCUAUCCCCACGACGAUGGCGAUCCACACGAUUUACGAGUUCUACGAGAAUUUCCGCCUGGCGUUUGUCGCGGAAUCCGUUGCGACGUUUGGCGCCUGCAUCUGGCUCGCGGCCGGCACCGCCUACACUUUCACCAUUCCGGCCGGGGACUGCCGCAAUAUUCUCUGGUUGCUGGUACUACUUCUAUCUUGUUCUAGGUUUCUUGUAGUUUGUGAUACUUAAUACACAAAUAUGCAAAAACAAAUCUUGUAGUGUCUUUGCGCUUCUUUGCUUCGAACUACGUGCAGGCAAAAUUUUGAGUAACUCGAGGUCGAGGUAAUUCCCGUUUGCGAUCUCGGAGGUGAAAAUAAAAAAACCAGAUGGCUUUCUUCUCGUUGAUCACGCUUGUGUUUCUGUUCUUCAUGAUUGGCGCGAUUCUGAUGACGACCCUCGUGCCGGCGUUGUAUAAGCUGACGCAGCAGGUGUCUGCUGCGCUGUCGGGCUACACGGCAGUGCAACAGGUGGAGCCCGAGACGGGAAAUGAAGUGUGAGAAGACGACUCGAUCUUCGUGUCUUGAAGUGUCACCGAAAUAAGGAGAAACUGACGCUCAACAGAACAAGUAUCAUUUUUUAAUAACAAACAACGUUUUUCCGUUUUGUCUAACACACGACUCGGUGUGUGUUUCUUCCCUCGCUAUUGAAAGAAAUGAACAAAUACAAAACUCAGCAGUUCGGAAAUCGUUUCACCAACAUCAAUAAUGAAACCAAGGUUUAGGCGAGUACUGAAGUGAUGUAUGAUUUCCUUUCUUCUAGACGAGCUACUUUUGCAAAGUUUAUUUCCCUUCGUUUGAUUUGAGUUUGACAGAUGCUUGAUAAAUAGAGAUAUUCACAAACAUCGACAAAAGAUUUAUUUUGGUUGCUAUUGAGCUCGAGCUGAGAAAGAAAAUUUUAAUUUCCAUGAUCAACUUUAGCUUAGAACUUUUCCUAGUGUGCGAUACGUGUCACACUAGAUCUUGCCUGGGGAUUGCCUCCUUAUCAAUUUGGUAUUUCGGCCGAGACAAUUCAAAGAGCUUUUACCACAUUUUCUUAGUUUCUUUACCUUUUCCAAGAACUAAAAUUUUGAAUCUUAAUGUCUUGCGCUGCGUGAUUCAGAAACGCAAACAGUUUAGAUGCAGCGAGCAAGAGCCGCUCUUGCCUACUUGUGAACUCUGCGGUUCCCGUGGUCGCGGGUACUAAUCCCCAUGAAUAGCCUGGAUUCGCCUGGAUUUCGCCGGGAGCCAAUCGCGUGUCCUGGGUGAGAAAAGAGUGAAAUUGAGCUAGACGGUAGGCGACUAAGAUUCAAAAAAUUUCUUGAGCUCCUCUUGAUAUUGAUAGAUACACUUCUGAU